AUGAGUGACUCAGAGAUAUAUUAUGAACAGCUGAAAAUUGAAAGUGAAAAAGAUUUCGAAUGCAUUAAAAGUUUGAUUAGUGAUGAUUUAUCAGAACCAUAUUCAAUCUAUGUUUAUAGAUUUUUCUUAAAUCAAUGGCCAGAUCUUUGUUAUAUAGCCAAAACAGGAAAUGAUAAUUUAAUAGGAGUUGUCAUAUCAAAAUUAGAACCACAUAGAGAUGUUAGAUUAAGAGGUUAUAUUGGUAUGUUGGCUGUUCAAAAACAAUAUAGAGGUCGUGGUAUUGCUAAAGAAUUAGUUAAAAAGACAAUUAAUGAAAUGAUUGAACAAGGUUGUGAUGAAGUUAUGCUUGAAACUGAAGUUGUUAAUAUACCUGCUAUUACAUUAUAUGAAAAUAUGGGAUUUAUAAGGAGUAAAAGACUUUAUAGAUAUUAUUUAAAUCAACAUGAUGCUUUUAGAUUAAUUUUACCAGUUACUAAAAAAUCUCAAACAAGAUCUGCAUUUUUACCACCUUUACAACCAAAAGUUAUAUAA